AGCACAAUGGUUAUGUUGCUUGUUACAGACACACGUCACAGUAUUUUAGUGGGAAAGCUUUCCAUUUUAGACAAUACAGUACCCGACGCAUUCAUGUGCUUGCGAUUGCAGAGGAUAAAGUGAUGUCAAUCCAUACAUGCCCCUUUGGAGAUUUCUUGGAAAUACUUGUACUGAACAUCAUAGCUUUACAUUAUUCAUUCUACAAGAAGUUAAGUUUAAGCAAGGAGCUUUGAAGCUCCUUGGUAAAGUGAAGUGAAGUUCUUGCCUACUGUGUUUGUUAAUACUUUCUAGGAGAUUAGUGAUGGGUGAUUUGGAUUGAUUCAGAACAUUACAAUCAUACACUGAACCUGUGCAAAUUGUUUAGUUUGGGAAAUAGAGACCUUAAAGGACAAUUUGGUAAUCUCCUGGAACUGUUUAUCAAGGAACCUCUGCUGACCUGACUAAAGAACUUCAGAAUCUCUAUAAAAUGAGAGUGUAAUGAGUUGAAGUGCCUCUAGUAAAUCCAAACUUGAGGACAAUUUUGUGGGAGCCAAAUCAUCAAUAAUAACACUCUCUUGAACAUUAUUCUCUUUUUCAAAGCUUACUCCAUUUUAUCAGGAUCAUUAUUUUCCUAUAAGGUCUCUCCUUUCUGUCAGGAAUACCAAGAUUUUCCUUUUAAGUUUCCUCCAUUCCUCCCAUUGAGGGAUUGACACCUCUCUUUCCUAAGAAUUGUCCAGUUGAUCCAUGUCUGUAAUAAGCUGUGCUUUGCCCCCCACCAUGCAGGGGAUAUCGUCCACCGGAGCCGUGGACGAUUCGAUCGACAGGAAGAGCUCCUACUACGCGAGUAUUCGGCAGUCGGACAGACCGUACCAGAGGAAAGUUCCUGAGGAAGCUCGUAGAAGGUUGUCCAUGAGAUUAUCAACUAGGGGGAAUAUUCCGGCAAAGCUUGAGAAAAGUGGCUAUCUAUGGAAGUGUGGUCAAGGGAGACAGGGGAAAGGAGGGUUCCGUAAGAGGUGGUUUGUCUUCAAUGGGAAGGAACUACGAUACUAUGAGAAUGAGAGGACGAUGACGACCUGUAAAGGGAUAAUUCCGGUUGGAACAAUGCUGAAUGUCAAACAUAUCUAUAAGCCAAGUAUUGUUGACAAGAAGAGCCGUAUUGAAUUAGACACCAAUGCUAAGACGUACUACUUGGCUACUGACAAUGGUGAUGAGGGUACAAUAUGGGCCAACAUUUUGAUGCAAGCAAUCAUUGCCUUCCAGUCUGCAAACAACAAUAGCUAUGGUGGCGUGCCCCCUCCUGGUGGUUUCCCGAAGGGUGGUGAUAUGAGCUGUCCUGAUAAACAAGGAUAUCUGAAAAUGGAAGGGUGCAAUCAUAAAAGAUACGUCGCAAUUAAAGGAGAAAUGCUGUGUUAUUACGCAUCAGAAAGGGAUUUUGAGGCUGCUGUACCCGUUUCUGAUAUACAGAUGAUGCUGGCCAAUGCAAGAGUUAACCCACAAAAGCCGGAUAAGAUAGUAUUAACCACACCUAGUACAACUCACAAUCUCACUGCAGAAUCUCCGGAGGAAGCAAAGGAAUGGGUCAAUGCCAUGAUGGACGCUGUAUCCGAGGGACUUUCUGAUAAAUUGUAUCUACAUAAAGCUUGGGAGAAUGAGAGCAAUAAAUACUGUGCAGACUGUAGUAUGCCAGAUCCCGACUGGUGCUCACUGAACUUUGGAAUAGUUAUAUGCAAGAAUUGCUCAGGCAUCCAUCGUGACCUCGGAGUUCACGUGUCAAAGGUCAGAUCUCUGAAGAUGGAUGUCAAAGCCUUCACAGACUCUGCCUUGGAGGUUUUCCUUGUUGUGGGAAACAGGAUGAGUAAUGGCUUCUGGGAGGAGACACUGGACCGUGCGGAUGGUGUAAAACCCAUGCCGGAUGAUAGCAUAGCCCAGCGUAAGCUGUUCAUAGAGAAGAAAUACAGAGACAGACAAUACUGUGAGCAGAUUCUAUGGGAGAAAGAAACACUUAAUAAGGAGUUAUUGAGGGCAGUCGAGAAUGGUGAAUUAGUGGAUUGUCUGAGGUUUAUCUUUUCUGGAGCCAAUGUUGAUGCUGUGAAUGAAAAUGGAAAAACUGCAAAAGAAAUAUGCUAUGGACAUGAUAAUUCACUUGUAAUUAGGGAGCUCCUGGAGCAGAACAAACACUAUUCUCAGCACCAGCAAGAAAUCAUGACACAGGAAGCAUACUCCACGGUGGAUAGUGAAUCCAGUCCACAGCAACUGCAAGGUCAGCAACAACAGAAGGGGGAAGAUCCUCAGGGAUCACCGGUUCCCUUACCAAGGAGGAAAACCCUGGAACAGGGACGUAGGAAUGGAUCCCCUACCCUGCCCGCCAGGAGGGCGCCGCCGCCCCCCACGCAGGCAGCCCCACCCUCCGAGGAACUACUGAGCAGUGUGGGCAGCAUCCAGGAGCAGAUCAGGAAAGCGGGGUAUCUCUACAAGACUGGUAGCAAUAGGAGAGAUUUCUUACGACGAUACUGUGUUUUGGAGCACGGAACAUUCAGCUACUAUCAGGAUGAUAAGCUCAGAGUGAUGGCUAACCAGGCUGCUAAGAAUACAAUAGAAGGAACUGAGAUCGUGUUUGUCGCCAAAUCUGCCUCAAAGCAAGGUCAUGAUUAUUGCUUUGAGAUCGGAACAACGGCUGGAAGGCUCUUCCUCUUUGCUGCUGAAGAUGAAGCCGACAGAAAAAACUGGAUGCAUUCUCUAGUCAAGUUCCAUACCCCAGAAUGCAUGUGGCGGGACUGUGAGGAUUAUGAGUAUGCCGGCUUUUUGAGGAAGAAGAUCGGAAGAUCAUCGACAACCUGGCACAGGUUAUGGUUCCUACUGAAAGGAAAGCUUCUCUCUUUCUACUCGGCUGAGAAAGAUGGCAUGGAGAUCAUUGAUCUAAGGAAAGCGAAGGAGAUCAGUCAAGACCAUGAGGAAGAGAGCAGUGAACAAGUCAAGGACAUAGCCAUUGUCAUUGAGGGAAGGACGAUCUAUCUUCGAGCAGACAAGCAGCAGAUAAGUGAUGCCUGGAUGUUAGCUCUACAAAAGAAUUCAUCGCAAAUCGGUCCAGAGUUAGAGGAUCAGCUUUUAACGGAAGGGCAUAUACCACACAUCAUCAAGGAGUGUAUUGAAUUUGUUUAUAUCCAUGAAGGUCUUGAGCAGCAAGGCAUCUACAGACUGAGCGGAACAGCCUCCAAGAUUCAGAAGGUCCGUGAGAUGUUCAGGACGAGCCCAAAGUCGGUCAGGAUAAGCAGGGACGAUUUUGAGGUGAACGACGUAACAGGGGCACUUAAGAAAUACUUCCGAGAGCUCCCAGAUCCGGUGCUCACCAAGGAGUACUACAGCAAAUGGAUUGAGGUGUCAGAUUACACGGACCAUGCUAUAAAACUGGAAUGGUACAAGCAUCUUCUUGGUUGCCUGCCUAAGGUUCACUACUACACUCUCAAAGCCAUCAUAGCACAUCUCAUAAGGGUGAAAGAGAAGGAGCGGAUAAACAAGAUGACGGAGAAGAAUCUUGCAUCAGUCUUUGGACCCACCCUCAUGGCCCUUCCAGAUUCUUCCUACGGCAAUGCCGAGAAGGAGAUCGCCGUUAUCGGUGACCUCAUGACCUACUUCAUGUGGCUGUUUGAUGUGGACGAUAAGGAGUGGGCCGAUGAGGAGAAGAAGAUCAAGAAACUGACAGAGAUGCAUCAACUUAUUAAAGGACCACCAAAACAAUCAAAUGCAAUUGUCAUGCCCUUCUACAUCAGGCAUAAGAAUGAAGGAAAUAGCAUAUCUCUACCGCUGCAAGAAAACACAACAGCGAAGGAAGUGGUGGAGAGCGUAGUGAAGAAGCACAAUCUACCGACCCUUGACGGCAAGCCAUGGGGACUGUUUGAGGUGAUCGAUAACGAACAGUUAGAGCGGAUGUUGUUUGAUUACGAGGUUGUUCUGUCUGAGGUAGGGGCAUGGGAUCCAUCGGCAGCAGCAAGCAACUAUCUAUGCAUCAAACAGAAUAGCCUGUUACACAGUAUGGAAGUGUUCUUGAAGAAUGUCACGUCCAGUUCGUCCAUCAAGUACGCCGAUAGCUCCAAGAAGUUCAAGGAGUACUACUUUGAGAUCUCGGCCAACAUCAUGCGCUUCUCCAAGGUUAACAACAAGAGUGGCGGCAGCCCCAUCAGCUAUUGGGAUAUCAUUCCUCUCAAGAUCUAUAUGGGCAUUGGAAGCAAGUACAAGAAGACCGCCCCCUCGAGGUGGGGUAUUACAUUCCACUCACCAGGAGAAAAAGAUUACAAGUGUUUAUGUUUUGAUCAAGAGAGCGUUAGGACAAUGUGGUUAGCGGGACUCUUCAGGUGUAAGCUUGCCGGUGCUGCAGCGUACACUUCUAAUUUAAGAUUGCAAGAACUCAAAGGAUCUCCCCUCUCUCAAUUUGAGCAUGCUCCAUCUGUAAGAGACAGGACGUCAAGUAUCAAGCUGAAGGUCCCCUGGAAGCGGCAUAACUCGAUCACCGACUGAACCCGUGGCUGCAUCCUCCAGAACUCGUCGCAUGCAAUUGAAGGAUGCAGUCUAGUAGCCAUGGCAACAAAGCCAGGCCUCGGAGGAAGGAGACCGUGCUGGAAACUAUGACAGCUGUCAUUCUAUGAAAAUUCUUGUUGGAAUGCGUUUUGUUGUGCGACACUACUGGUUGACGCGAGUUGCUGCAUGUCCAAAGGAGAUUGCUUGAUGUACGAAAGCUAUUUGGGGGAAAAAAGGACUCAAUGAUUAUGCAGUGGCAUGGCCAGUCUCUGAAAUAUUCUUGAGCUCUGGACUAUAGGUUUAUAAAUGCCAAAUCAGGCAUCUUCUUGUGCUUGCUUUUAUAAUGCAUGGAUAAUUGAAAUAAAAGAGAAUGCAUAGUGUAUACAGGGAUCCGCUGAAGUCUGGACUGCAGAAAUUUGACUUCUGAGAAAUUCAACUUACUGAAAGUGAAUUGCACAUUUCUUGCAUAAUCUGAGGAGCAUUCCAUUAAAGGACUUGUCGGUUUAUAUCUGACAGUUACCAUCUAAAUCAAGGAAAGUUAUCAGACCAACAACCUAUUGGACCAAAAUGUUUAUGCAGUGCUUCCCUGGUUUCAAACAUUGCUCUGAUUUAGGCUAUUGACUAAUAGAAGGUUGAUUUAUGCAGAGUUAAUACGAAGAUGAAGAAAGUCUUUUCAUUGUAUGUUACGGUGAUGAAGUAAGAUGUACGUUAUCCCUCACGUAUGAACAACUCAUGAUGAUAGCGUUAUUCAAAGAAACUCGUGAUUUGAGAUGCUGCAAGUUUGACGAACUUGGGUAGGCAGAAAAACUUAAACCAUGUAUUAUUUACACACUCAGAUAAAACAUCUAACACUUGCUUAAUAUUUGGAGGCAUUUAUCAUGUUACUUGAAAGAUAAAGGACUUGUAUCCAUAUAUUAGAUAUAUUUUACUUUCUUUGAAUAUUUAUAUAUUUUUUUCAAUAUUGUUUGCUUGCAUAAUGCUUUAAAUGGUGGAUGCAAAUUUUAUAUGAAAUGAAAUUUAAAAAAAAGAGAAGAAAAUAUUGUUUAGUAAAGGAAUAUGCUAGAUUUUUGGUGCUGACAGUAUAGUUGACCACCUGACUCAGAACGAAGAAGUUGUAAGCAAAGGUUUUUCUGAAAUAAUGUCAUAGUCAUCUUCUACUUUACGUCAUUAAGUUUCAACAGAACUUAAGUUCUUUAACAGAAGUUACAUGUACGUGGGUGAGUUGAUCAGAUAGUAUAUCAUUUGUAAGUUCCAAUUACUGUACAUAAAUAGUAAAAAAAAUUACUUUUUGAAACUUAUUGUGGGUUAUUAGGUUUUUUUUUUUAGCAUGGCAAUGACAAAAAAUACCAAAAAUAUGGAACAACUUAUCUUAGAGUCAGAUAGGAAAUGAUGACACUUUUCUUUCUUUAAGAAUGAACAAAACCAGGGUUAUACUGAUCUUGCGACUGAAUUUUGUAAUAAAAUGGUUAUAAAUGAUCGCACGACCAAUAAUUUUGAAAUCCUCUUUCACUUCAGUAAUUUACUGGAAGUUAUUCCAAUAGUAUCUGACUGGAAUAAAGCAAUAUGCCUUUCCUGAUCAUUUCUACUUUUAUAUCGAAAGCUCAGACUAUGAAUGGCAGAGGUUUCAAUGUUUCACAUAGUACAUAAUGAUAAUAAUGCACUUAUUGAGCUAGUUAUUGAAGGAUAUAUUUUGUUUGUAAUGUAUGUAUGUAUGUAUACACAGAGAGUUAUGAUGUAUUUUAAUGCUUUAAAUAUUUUUGUAUUCCAUUUGAUACGUUAUUAAUGUGGCUUUGUAUCAUUGUAUAGUCCAUUGCAAGCAAUAAUGAUAAAGGUGCCUCUGAUUCACUUUUUUAAAAUAAAUUCUCCUGUAAUGCUUUUGUAUCAUGUUGAAAUUUAACUAUGUAUAAAUCACAAUAUAUCAUUUCAUGCGGUGGAAAUGACAUGUUCAUUACCAGGGUAGGAAAUGAUUGUAAUUCCUAUGGGCUGUUUUUUGUCACAUUUUAUUGGCGGGAUUGCUGAAUGUUGGGGUAGAACAGUGAUAUUCUUAAUGUUCUUGAAUUAUUGUUUGUGGAAGAUAUUGAGGCAACUUUAGAAAAGGUGGUCGCCUCAAAGCAUUCCAUUUUCCAAAUUUUAGGGGUAAUUUUGGCUGUCAUGAGGGCAAAGUCACCCAUUGCACCCAUUGCACUCAUGUAUACCCUUACCCAGACUUAUUUUUUGAAUUUCUGACAAUUUGAAAAUUGCACAAAUUAAUCAGAUGUGGGUAUAAAAUUAACUAAUAUGCAUUUACUCUUUAUAUAUUUUGUAUGUAUUCUGGCCCAUUUGCCGGCUUAUUUAAUGAUACAAGUAUGUAAUCAUCUCAUUCAAAGAGGGAGUUGUAAAUGUUACAACCAGAGAUAAACUAUUCCAUUUUGUUUUAAUGAUUUUUUUUAAAUACAUUGGAAAGGACCAAAUAUAUAUUGAUCAUGCAAUAUAGGUUCUUAUAGGACUUGGUAAUGGUACACAAAUACACAUCAUUGAGGAAAUAGUAAUAAUUAUACGCACAGGGAACACUGUUUCAAAGGUAACAAGUGUAUUUAUUUCAAUGCCUGAGCAAAAUGAUGUGUGUAAUGUGUUGAUAUAUUUUAGAAGAAAGUGAUUUAGAUAAACCAUCCUCAUGACUGGUCAAUAGAACAAGUCAUAAGCAUUUUCUAAUUGACCUUUGUAUUGUACAUGUAUAUUUUGUAGUAUAUUAUACUGCAUGGGUUGUUCAGCAAUCACACCAAGGUUAUAUAUAUAUGAAAUGAGUGCUGUAAAUAGUAAUAACAUAUAUGUAUACAGCAGGCUGUGUAGAUUAUAAAAAAAAUUUUUUUUGUAUAAAUCAAUUUCGGAAUUGAUGACUGUAAAGAAACACUUCUAAGCCUAUAGAGACAACUUUAAGUGAGAAAUGACAAGUAUGUAUUUUUUUUUCACUUUUGGACCAUUUAAAAAAAAAAAGAGUUUCCUUUCAGCAAUCAAGGGUGCAGUUUCACACAGAGUUAAGUGUAAAAGGGAUAAUACAAGAACAUAUGUAGAGUCGGUUGCAAUUUUUGGAUGCAAAUUUCCGUGUAAUAGAUCAAUUUCAACUAAAGAAGAUCAGUUCAUACUUGUUGAUGCAAGAAGCAGGCCAUCUAGCAAUCACAAAUUUGCAAUGGAAUGCCUGAUUUUGAAUUGAUGUUGGGACCUAAGAUUGACUUGCGAUCAAGUUUCUUGAAGGGAACAUAUUAGCUACUGCUCCAUAAUAGUUGUAUGGUUGCACUUUAUCAGUGAAACUUUCUUUUGACCAAAUGAAAAUUGGACCAAACGAGUAAAGCCUAACUAGAUGAAGCUGCAAAAUGGCAAUAGGAUCAUGUGACCAAACCCUGAAGUAGGCAAAAUUGUUGUAGACCAAAUGAAUUAGGGCAGUUUCACCAAAUCAACUUUAUUUCUGAAACCCAUAUUUCUCUAUAUGAUUAUUUUAGGGCAAUACAAUAUAAACUAGACAAAUUCAAAGGAUUCAAAACAAAUCCAGAUUGGCUAUAAAUAGUGACCAAACGAAUAUUAGAUUAAGAUAUAAAUCUUGGGGAUGUACAUAUAAAGCUCUUUAAGAUUUGAAUUUAAAUCUUUUGAGAUUUAAAAGUUAAUCUUUAAGAUUGAAAAUAAAUCCAAUAUUCAACUGGUCACUAUUCACAGCUGAUCUUGAUUUAUUUUAAAUCCUUUAGAUUUAGAGUGUAGUUCCCACAAAUAAGUAGGCUGGAAGUAAGUUUCAUUUUCUGUGUUACUCAAGAGGUAAAUAAACAUUACAUUACCUUUAUCUAGCCAACAUUCAUGUACAGACUUAUUACUAUCCUAUUUGGUAUGAUUGAAAACAUAAUAAACAUAUAUAAACUGUUUUCUGUAACAGAGGCUUAAAAUCAUUCUGUAAUUUAAGAAUUAAUUUUCUUUAAAAGCUUGCCAUUGAGACUAACAGUACUUGGUAAGUGAAUUUUGUUUUAAAGCAGUACUUGAUGAAAAUGCAUCUCUAAGCUAAUUUAGUUGUUUGAAAAACCUUGUAUAUAAAUAAAAUAAGAGGAUACAAGAAA